GAGUGGUUUAUUUGUGAUUUUCAACAAUUUCAGGUGGAAUUCUACCCACGAAAGGAGGUUGCUUCAACGAAUCAACGAACAUCACUAACCACGGUCAACUGUCACGUGCAGCUAGGCUUGUGUGGCGUUGUCUUAGCAACGGUUUUGCUGCUUGACGCUCUCUGGUGGCGAUUUGGUAAACUAUGCAUCGUUCUCGCUCGAUCGGAUCUCUUCUGCAUAUCACAGCAUUUGUACGAGUGAAUUCCAAAAUCCAGAUGAAAAUCAACCACUUCUCAGCCGAAUCAAUGUUUAAUAGUAGAAAAGAGACACAUCUAUCGCAUCUUUCGAGCUCUUCCAGCAUGUGGGAAUAUCUUCGGGUCGCACCAAAUCAAACAAAGACGGUGAAGAAGAUACAGCUUGUUUGAACAAUCAAUGUUCUCAUGUGGAUGUCUGUGCGUUUCGUGCUCUUGUCUUUCUUUUUGGGAAAGUUGUAUCAACUGUUUUGCUAGCCAGAUUUUCUACUACCCUUGCCGACAGACUGUUGGAUGGAUUUAGUCGCCUAUCAUCAUUUCGACCGAGAGGAGAUAUUACGCACGGCACACUGUAGUUCCUAAUCAUGACGCGCCGUUCUCUACUCUGGUUUGCCCUAUCGUUGGCAGUGCUUGCCAUCAACCUGCAAGAUGCAUCCGCCCAGCUGGACAACGCGAUCGUCAGCAAGCGCAGCUCGAUUAACUCCACGCUCGUCUCCUUCUCCAACAACAUCGUGAACAAGGUGAACGAUUACUCGAACAAGUUCGUCAGCCUGCGCAACGAUAUGUCGUUCCAUCUGAAGAGUUCCUCGGAAACGAUCACCCAGUUCCUGACGAGCGAAAGCAUCAGCCAGAAUGCACUGCUCGCGCUGGACGUGCUGCAGAAGUCGAGUUCAACGCUGCAGUCGAGCUCGUCGGCAUCGAUCACGGUGUCCGCCAGCUUCUCGUCCGUUGGGACGUGUAUGAACACCAAAAUGCAAGCGUCCGUCAGUGCGACGUUCAGCGCAUUCAGCACGGCACAGUCACAGUACUUUAGCAUCAUCACCAGCUCGUCCUCCCCGUUCCUGUCCACCUGCCGUUCGCGGUUCUCCAACACGGCCCAGGACUCGGUCAACCAGGCGGGCGAUCGUUUCCAGGACUGUCUGAACGAUGAAAACAACGAGCAGGGCCGUGUGUCCUGGAUCAUCAACAACUUCGUGACGCUCAUUAAGCAAAACUAUCAGGCUCUGGGCAACCAUGUGCGCUCCUGCGCCAGCCUCGGCUCACCCUCAUCCCGGGAGGAAGUGCAGGCUGAAAUCAAUGCCUGUUACAAGGGGAUCUCGAUCUACGUGGGCCCGAUUUACGAGGCGACGAUCGCACAGCAGUUCACGCUGAUCAACACGAUGAUGCAGCUGGAGGUGGUGGCAUCGAACAAUCGGGUCAAGACCUGCAUCAACCAGGUCGCCAAAACGUACACGGCAAUGGCGGAGGGAAUUGUGCCAUCGCUUAACACGUGUCUAUCUACUGGCCAGUAAUGGAGAGGGGCAGCCACAACCAAUAGCAGCAGUAGCAGCAGCAGCGUUUGCAACGGAAGCAGCUGAAUAUAUAUGUUUCUUCUUUGUUGUUUUAUAGAUAAGAAAUAGGAAAAAGAGUCAAAAAU